AUGGCCGCUCUUCGAAAUUUAGUACUGUUUGCUGUUCUCAUCAAGAUGGCCAUUUGCGCCAUGAUUGUCGUCUUCAGUCUACUUCCAGAUCAUGCUGCGGACGCAUUUUCUCCCCCGGAGCCUGAUUGCACCUCUUAUUGGGAUUGCUUCGUGAGGAAGUCUUUGUCGGGUUUCCGCAAGUGGGACUCAAUACACUUUCACUUCAUAGCUGUCAAUGGAUACGUGCUGGAGAGCAGCCUUGCCUUUUUUCCCUUGCUACCCUCUCUAAUUCACUUACUCGCCCGCAUAACUACUCCGCUAGUGUCCUUUCUGUCUUUCGAUGGCCGCUGUUUGCUGCUUGGUGUCAUCAUUAACUUCCUUUGUAAUGUUUUGUGCUCUGUACAGCUUUACCGCCUAUCCAAACUUUUUCGUCUGAGUGAUUCACUCUCUGUGACCGCAGUCCUUCUGUUUAUCGUGAAUCCAGCAUCCGUCUUCUUUUCCGUUCUUUACUCUGAAGCUCUGUACUCUUUGCUCCUGAUUUCCGCCCUGGUAUGCCUACACAGUCAAAGACCCUUCCGGGCAUGUUGCCUUAUUGCUCUCAGUGCCUUCUGUCGCAGCAAUGGACUUGUUAACGCCGGCUUUGCCUGUUAUCCGCUUUUCAUAGCUAUAGUAACGCUUACUCCAGCAGUUUGGAGGAACGCCUGGCAGAGGUUGCGGUCUCGAAAAGCGAACCUUCUUGCCAUAGUAAAGACCUUUUCGUCAAUCGUACAGAAGGCUGGUCUCAUCGUAGGCAUUAUCUGCACCACCUACCUUCCUUACGCCUUGUUCCAAUUUAACGGUUGGCUGCUGUACUGUCGUGAUGAUCAUCAUCACCAUUCCCUUCGAUCGGCUCUCCUCCCUCCCCCUCCCUCUCCUGCGCUGUCCGCGUAUGCACUACAGUUGGCUGUCCUGACGCCAUUUACGACAAACUUAACUGUAGCACCUGAGUGGUGCAGCCACGUUCCACUUUCCUCCUACAGUAAAAUUCAGUCCAAGUUCUGGAACGUCGGUUUCCUGCACUACUACCAGUUUAAGCAAAUCCCCAACUUCCUUUUAGCUGCACCCGUUCUUGUGAUCAGCUCGCUCAUAAUCUACAACUUCUACUGUUCUGCACGGAGAGCCCUCUUGACGGCAGGAAUCCUUGUGGAAAAUGUAAGGCAGCAACAGCUACUCCCACAUGUAUAUCACCUUCUAUUCUUGUCUCUUUACGGGGUCGCCAAUAUCCAUGUUCAGGUGAGUCUCCUCUUUCAGCAUUAUCUUCCCUUUUAUGUUUUUAACUUGGUAGCAUAA